AUGCCGUUCAUGCCGGUGAAGUUCAACCUGCCGAAGCGGGUGAAGCUGGCUCAGGGUCUGUGGAUGAUCUACUGGCUCUCGGUCAUCGUAGGGAUCCUCAUCUUCAGCCUCGGUAUCUUCUUUAAGAUUGAGCUGCGGAAGAGAAGUGAGAUGAUGGACAACAACGAGAGCCAUUUAGUGCCCAACCUGCUGAUCCUGGUGGGCUUGUUGGCCUGCGGGGUCAACGCCUUCGGGGGGAAGGUGUGCCACGACUCUCUGGACCCGAUCAAGUUCGCCAAGUGGAAGCCGAUGCUGAAGCCGUACCUGCUGCUGUGCUGCGGCUUCAACGCGCUGCUGCUGCUGACGGCGAUGCUCUGCUUCCUCAUGCAGUUCGCUGUGUACCUGACGCUGGCCGAGGGCCUGAAGAACAGCAUCAAGUUUUACAAAGACACGGACACGCCGGGACGCUGCUUCAUGAAGAGGACACUGGACAUGACGCAGAUCGAGUUCCGCUGCUGCGGUAACAACAACUUCAGGGACUGGUUUGAGGUGCAGUGGAUCAGCAACCGCUACCUGGACAUGAGCAACGACGCAGUCAAAGAGUGA